CCUUUUGAUGAUGUAACUCGCAUAAUAUUUCGUUUACUGUAAUAUUUCAGUACAUGUGUGGGUGUCAGAUAUUUCCCCACUUGCAGCUGCAGUUCAUGCUGGAUCCGUCCCGCCCCUGAAGCUGCUGUAAAGUUAAAUCUGUGAGGUUUAGCUGCUUUAUCGGACUUCGACCCGAACUCAGACGAAUCCUUUUUAAACGAUCCGUCGUUCUCACAGGCAUGACGGAGGUUACCAAGGAAGAGUUUGGGGUAAUACCCGGGCAAGGAAGCGUGCAGAAGUGGAGCUUAAAAUCGCAAAGUGUCACAGUCGAAAUAAUAUCACUGGGAUGCAUAAUAACGUCCAUAAAGACCAAGGGAAGGGACGGUGAAUUUAAGGAUAUCGUGCUGGGUUUUGACAACCUCCAAGGUUAUCUUAACAAUACCAGGUACUUCGGAGCCGUCAUUGGACGGGUGGCCAAUAGGAUCGCCGCGGGCAGAUUUACGGUUGACGGGAAGGAGUAUCAGCUCGCCAUCAAUAACGGGCCCAAUGCCCUCCACGGGGGAGUAAGGGGCUUCGAUAAGGCCAUCUGGUGCAGCCAAUCAGUGGAGGGGGGGGUGAGGCUGUCAUUGACCAGCCCCGAUGGCAACGAGGGCUACCCUGGAGAGCUGCAGGCCACCGUCACCUACAUCCUAGCCGAAGACACCCUUAGCAUCCGGUACCAGGCCUCCUCCAGCAAGACCACGCCCAUCAACCUCACGAAUCACUCCUACUUCAACUUGGCCGGCCACGCUGCUCCGGACAUAUAUGACCAUGAAGUGUCCAUCACCAGCAACGCUUAUCUGCCGGUGGAUGAAAACAUGAUUCCCACAGGGGAGAUCAGACAGGUGGAUGGCUCACCCUUCGACCUCCGUGAGCCUGUGCUUUUGGGGUCCCGGCUGAGGGAAGUGCCCGGUCCAGGUUUCGACCACAACUUCUGCCUGUCGUUGCCCGGGCAGCCUUGGAUGGAGCGACCGUGUGCAAGGGUGUACCACCCAGCAAGUGGGCGGGUCCUGGAGGUGAGCACCAGCCAAUCCGGUGUCCAGUUCUAUACUGCCAACUUUCUGGAUGGCAGCCUGCAGGGAAAGGAUGGAGCCACCUACCCCAAACACUGCUCCUUCUGCCUGGAGACCCAGAACUGGCCAGAUGCCGUCAAUAAGCCCCAGUUUCCUGACGCACUGCUGAGGCCAGGAGUGGAGUACAAUCACACCACGUGUUUCACCUUCACCACUGCGUGAGGAUGCCUGAAGAUGAGCGACGGGGGAGGUCCCACUCAGUGUAAACACUCGCUCACCCGAGUCGUAGGUGUUCUCAUGCAUGAAUAAAACUACUCAAAUGAGCUCGAGUUACACGAGUCACACCUGUAGCUUAUCGAUUCCACCACUAUCACCCACAAGCAUCAAAUCGUCGUACAUCCAUCCAAAGUGGAUGGUUUUCCGUAAAUCUCAAAUUAUCUGUACAGAUCAAUAGACUCAGAUGUCCGCUACAAUUCUUCGAAGAGAGAAAAAAAAAAAAUAGCCAGCACAAUCUAAUUAACAUUAACGUGGUGUAUUCUGAAGGUUAGGCACGGGAGGCAGCUGACGACCUCAUCAUAGCUGAUAAGGGUAAUAAAAUAAAUUAGUAGCUGGGAGGGAAAAAGUCUCCAGCUCCAGUCAGCUAAGAUAACGACAUAUUAUGGGACAGAAUUGGCAUACGUCUAAUCCCAGUGCAGUUCAGACACCAUGUCGUGUUCAUAGGCAUCCUGUGUACAAAUUACUUUGUAGAUGAUGUACUGAACAUAAAACUAUUGCAAGGGACAAAAAAAUUCUCUUAAUAAAAAAAGGGAAAUGUAACAAUGGUGCUUCACUGGACCUGUGCCGUGCGCCUAACCUUUUCUAUCCAGUUACAAUAAUAAAGGUUGAUUAUUGUGGUGA